CCUCUUAACUUUUUUUUUUUUUUUCCUGAUUACAACUCCUCUGCAACUCUCACUUUUUUAUCCCCUGGCAGCGGAGGGAUGUUCCCUGGAAAGAGGUUACACCCCAGCUGAACAUUUUCACCUUGGAAAGUUUAGGAAUCAGGCUGAUAAGUUCUCGGAGGGGUUGUGAAUGGGGGGCAUUUGGGGCGACUUUUACGCAUCGAGCUGAGUGACGCACGGUUACUUUUUUUUUUUUUUGCUUUGGUGAGAAGAACUUUUUCUCCACAAGUGUCACAUUCAAAUCCCUCAUCUUUCUCCAUGUUUUUCCGUUUCUUCAAUGGCAAAAGAGCGUUUUAAGGAGAUUCUGACUGAUCGAGUCUCUUGAGAGAAACUUUGGAGAACUUCUACAACAGCGAACUUAAUUUUGAUUCCGGCUCCUCGUUUAAUUCCCAUCCCCAUCCCAUUAAAAAAAAAAAUCACAAUCAAACGGUCUAUUGGACUUUUUCGGGAUCCUUCGACAACGUCUAAUUACCCCCCACGGAUUUUCAAUUAAUUUCAGUUUGGAAGUAAUUUCAGUGGAUAUCAUGCCUUCGACCGGGCAGAAGAAGCGGGCUGCGCUCUGCCGGAUUUGGGCUCUGUUUUUCGCGUUGAUUGUGUGCGCUGUGUCGGUGGAUGGAUGCCCACACAAGUGCAGCUGCUCCGGGUCGCAUGUGGACUGCCAGGGUCUGGGUUUGAAGACGGUGCCUAAAGGAAUACCGAGGAAUGCCGAGCGCCUGGAUUUGAACAGAAACAACAUCACCAGAAUCACUAAAGUGGACUUCUCUGGCAUCAAGAACCUCAGAAUUCUUCAUCUGGAGGACAACCAAAUCAGUGUUGUAGAGAGAGGAGCCUUCCAAGACCUCAGACUGCUGGAGAGACUUCGUCUGAACAGAAACAAACUCCAGUUUCUCCCAGAACUUCUCUUCCAGUCCAACCCCAAACUAGGACGACUAGACCUCAGUGAGAACCAGAUUCAGGCGGUUCCGAGGAAAGCUUUCAGAGGAAUCACCAGUGUCAAGAACCUGCAACUGGACAGCAACCACAUCAGCUGCAUCGAAGAUGGAGCUUUCCGAGCGCUGCGCGAUCUGGAGAUUCUCACCCUCAACAACAACAACAUCACCCUCAUCCCCCUGUCCAGCUUCAACCACAUGCCUAAGCUGCGGACACUUCGUCUGCACUCCAACAACCUUCACUGUGAUUGUCACCUGUCCUGGCUCUCUGAUUGGCUCAGAGCAAGGCGGGGCUUGGCUCCCUUCACCCAGUGCAUGGCCCCCGCCCACAUGAGGGGCCUUAAUGUCCCAGAUGUGCAGAAGAAGGAUUUUGUCUGCAAUGGUCCAGCCCAGACAGAGUCGAGGACUUGUGUACCUCAGGUAGCUGUAUGUCCACCCAGCUGUAGCUGCAACAACAACAUAGUGGACUGCCGACGCAAAGGCCUCACUGAAAUACCAGCCAACCUCCCAGAGGGCAUUGUGGAGAUUCGUUUGGAGCAGAACUUGAUUAAAAGUGUCCCAGCAGGAGCUUUUACUGCCUACAAGAAGCUUAAGAGGAUUGACUUGAGCAAGAACCAGAUUUCUGACAUUGCAGCUGAUGCUUUCAGCGGCCUUCGCUCACUCACCUCACUGGUGUUGUACGGCAACAAGAUCACUGAGCUGCCCAAGGGAUUGUUUGAUGGACUGGUUUCCCUGCAGCUACUGCUACUGAAUGCCAACAAAAUCAACUGUCUGAGAGUCAACACCUUCCAAGACCUACAGAACCUCAACCUGCUAUCACUGUAUGACAACAAACUCCAAACGAUCAGCAAAGGACUUUUCACCCCUCUACGCUCCAUCAAGACUCUUCAUCUGGCCCAGAAUCCCUUCAUGUGUGACUGUCACCUGAAGUGGCUGGCUGACUACCUGUUUGACAACCCCAUUGAGACCAGUGGAGCACGCUGCAGCCACCCCAGAAGGCUGGCCAAUAAACGUAUCAGCCAAGUUAAAGGCAAGAAGUUCAGGUGCACAGGUCAGGAAGAUUAUCGCAGCCGUCUGAGUGGCGAAUGUUUCCAGGAUCUGGUAUGUCCAGAGAAAUGUCGCUGUGAAGGCACCGUUGUUGACUGCUCCAAUCUCAAACUGACCCGUUUACCUCCACACAUCCCUGAACACACCACAGACCUGCGGUUAAACGACAAUGAGAUCGCUGUCCUGGAGGCUGCAGGGACGUUUAGGAAGCUGCCUAACUUGAAGAAGAUCAACUUAAGCAACAAUAAGCUGCGGGACAUCCGUGAGGGUGCUUUUGAUGGGGCGGGUGGAGUUCUGGAGCUGCUGCUGACGGGGAACAAGCUAACUGGGCUGCAGGGACGCAUGUUGAAAGGCCUGACUGGCCUGAAAACUCUAAUGCUGCGGAGCAACCAAAUCACCUGCAUUGACAACACUACGUUUACGGGUCUGAGCUCAGUUCGCCUGCUGUCUCUGUAUGACAAUAGGAUCUCCAGCAUCGCCCCAGGAGCUUUCUCCACCCUGCACUCCCUGUCCACCAUAAACCUCUUGUCCAACCCGUAUGUGUGCGAUUGCCACUUGGCCUGGCUGGGUCAGUGGCUGAAGAAGACCAGGGUGGUCAGCGGAAACCCUCGCUGCCAGAAGCCAGCCUUCCUGAAGGAGAUCCCCAUCCAGGAUGUGGCAACACCGGACUUCACAUGCGACGGUGCUGAGGAUAAUGGUUGUCUUCCUGCGUCUGGUUGUCCUGAUGCCUGCACGUGCUCAGACACCGUGGUGCGAUGCAGCAACAGAGGGCUGCACUCUCUGCCCAAGGGCAUUCCCAAGGACACCACUGAACUGUACCUGGAGGGUAAUACGCUGACAUCUGUGCCCAAAGAGCUGGCAGGCCUAAAGCAGCUGUCGCUGGUAGACCUGAGCAACAACAGCAUCAGCACAUUGGGCCCGUAUACCUUCAGCAACAUGACUCAACUAGCCACACUCAUCCUGAGUUAUAACCAGAUUCGCUGCAUCCCGGUCCAUGCCUUCGACGGGCUCAAGUCACUUCGCCUGCUAACUCUCCAUGGCAACGACCUUUCAACUAUCCCAGAAGGAGCUUUCAACCACCUCACCUCUCUGUCCCACCUGGCUCUUGGUGCCAACCCCUUAUACUGUAACUGUGACCUGCGCUGGCUCUCUCAGUGGGUGAAGGCUGGAUUUAAAGAGCCUGGCAUUGCUCGUUGUACCGGACCUCCUGACAUGGCUGACAGGCUGCUGCUCACCACACCACUCAACAGAUUUCAGUGUAAAGGUCCAGUAGAUAUCAGUCUCAUGUCGAAGUGCGCCCCCUGCCUGGCAGCACCCUGCCAAAAUAAUGGUACCUGUGUGUCUGAUGCCACUGGAUCCUACCACUGUACCUGCCCAUUUGGAUUUAAGGGUCAGAACUGCGAGAUACCUAUCAAUGCCUGUAUUAGUUUCCCCUGCUCUAAUGGAGGAACAUGCCACAUUCAGCCUGGCCAUCAAGACCACUACAGCUGUGUGUGCCCGCCAGGUUUCGAGGGCCAACGUUGCGAGGUAAAUCCAGACGACUGUGAAGACAACGACUGUGAGAACAACUCCACCUGUGUCGAUGGAAUCAACAACUACACCUGUGUCUGUCCACCCAACUACACAGGCGACCUGUGUGAGGAGGUGAUUGACCCUUGUCUCCAUGGUUUCGACCCCUGUCAGCACGACUCAAAGUGCGUCCAUGUUGGCCGCAGUUACAGGUGUGAGUGUUUACCGGGCUACGUGGGCCAACACUGUGAGCAGGACUACAAUGACUGUCUGGAGAAUAAGUGUCAACAUGGAGCAGAGUGUGUGGACGCUGUCAACGGCUAUACCUGCGUCUGUAAAGAGGGUUUCAGCGGGCUGUUCUGCGAGAACCCUCCACCAAUGAUCUUGCUGCAGACCAGCCCCUGCGACCAAUCAGAUUGCCAGAACGGCGCCCAGUGCUUGGUGGUUGCUGGGGAGCCCAUCUGUCGCUGCAUGCCUGGUUUCUACGGCAACAAAUGUGACAAGAUGUCCACUGUUCACUUCCUGGGUCGCGAUGGGUAUGUGGAACUGCCAGGCGCGAAGCUCCGUCCCACCGCACAUAUUUCAUUACAGGUGGCUACAGAUAAAGACAAUGGUAUUUUAUUGUAUAAGGAAGAUCAUGACCCUCUGGCACUGGAGCUGUACCAGGGACACAUACGACUCAUCUACGACAUCGCCAACUAUCCACCCACCACUGUAUAUAGUGUGGAGACUGUGAAUGACGGGCUUUUCCACACGGUUGAGCUGUUGAUUCAGAACCGUUCACUGAGCCUGGUUGUGGAUAACGGCGCCCCCAAGAGCCUGGGAAAGCUAGCACGCCAGCCCUCCGUUGACCACAACACUCAGCUUUACAUAGGAGGCGUACCAUCCCAAGUGGUGGCCUCAGGCCUACGUCCCGGCCCUGAACGUUCCCCUCAGGCCUUCAAUGGCUGCAUCCACAAUGUCAAAAUUAACGGGGAGGCCCAGGACCUGAGUUACCGAGCCACAGGAGGACGACCACAAGGGGUUGAGGCCAAGGCUGAUGGCAUUCUUGCAGGAUGUCACACCUGCAGUGUGUGCGCACAGGGUGCGUGCAGAGAGGGCGGGGAGACGGGGGUAACAUGUGACUGUCCUCCAGGACGCAGCGGGGCCUUGUGUGACCAGACAACAGCACCAACCCCCUGUCAGAACAGCAGAUGUGUCCAUGGUCUGUGUGUGCCGAAGGGUCAGUCCUACAGUUGCCAGUGUAGUGAAGGCUACCAGGGCCAAUUCUGUGAUCGACGGCAGGAGCCUCCAGCCUGCAGGGGGCACCGCUGCGGACAUGGGGAGUGUCGCGUGUCAGAGGGAGGAGAGCCCAUCUGCCACUGUCAGCCAGGGUACACUGGACCAACCUGUAACACAGAGGUGACAUGUCAAGGAGAGAUGGUGAGGGAGCAGCUGAAGCGCCACCACCCCAUGAGAACAUGCACAUCCACCAGUAAGAUUCCACGCAUGGAUUGUCCUCGAUCCUGCCAGACGGCAGCGCCCCCUGGUGUUUGCUGUGGCGUCACCAAAAGCCGAAGAAGGAAGGUUGUCUUCCGCUGCACCGACGGCACCUCGUACUCCGAGGAGAUGGAAACGGCCCUGGAAUGUGGCUGCUCCAAGUGUCCGUUGUAACAGCACCGUAGUUUGUUUGUUUGUUUUGCAACACCCACUGCUGCCAUUUUGUGAAUUCUACUCGUCAAGAGGCUGUGUCGCUCUGAGAUUUUUCCACGUUGAUGAGCACCACCAUUAUGUGAUUUUUUUUUUUUUUUUUUACAUGUUCAGUUUGAUCGCUGCCAAUUUGCUGCCAAGAGAAACCACAAACAAAACACAAAUGGGACAUGUGUGCGUGUUUUUUGACAGAGAGAAAUAUAUUGUAAGAUAUAAGUGAGAAAAAUAUAGAACUUAUUUUUAUUAUGGAUUUUUUUUUUCUAAAAGAUGAUAAAAGGACUGAUGAGUUGCUUUUUUAAUAUGUUGAUUAUAUAAUGUGUUACAUAGUAUGAAAAGUUAUUUUGUACCUUGUAAGAAGAAAAAGUACACAACAAAAUAGAUUAACAUUCCUUAAAAGUAUAUGAAUUUAUAUGUAUGUGUAAAUCUAUAUAAAUAUAUACCCUAAUCCAAUUAAUUUUAUAUUUUCUAAGUGUAUUUGCAUGAUGUUAAUGUGAGUGCUGAUGUGUGGGAGGCUUCGGACACUGAGAGAGGAGGGCUGCCUUGACGAAAUGGCCCACCAAGAAGAGCUCCCUUGAUUCCACAAAAAGGAAAAGGUGGCAGUUUUUGUUGCCCUCUCUCUUGGGGCUAAAAAGGAAACUGUACGUGCCUAGCUAACCUGCUUCACUAUAUAAUGGACAUCAUCCUCACAUGUGGGCUCUUUGACAAAACACAAAAGACUCUUUCCACAGAGAUGAUUUUAACAGGUUGUUCUGAUGUUGUGUUAUUCUUUAAUUUGCUGUUGCACACCAGACUUGGAGCCACAUGAGGUUUGACAUGAAAAUCUGACAUUUGCUAUUCAUUAGGAGUUCAUUAUAAAUCAGGAAUUCCCAUUCAAAUCAUCUAUAGUUAAAUCAUAUUGUAAAUUUGGCAUCAAGUGUGAGUCCAAACCAGCUUAAAUGAGUUUUAAAACAAAUACCAAGACAUUCUCUGAUGAGUUAUGAGGUUCUGGUGGAAACAAGAAGCUGUUUUUAAUCAACCAACCCAUUCACAUAAAGACGUGUUUUUAAGAGUAACUUAAUACCAGGCUGAAAAACUGUGUUUCACUGCCCUACAGCAUCUGAUUGAAUGUUUCAAAUGUGCAUCCCUGCUGGGUGUAGUUAGUUGUGGUCAGGAGCGUGCUCUGUUGCACCUGUACCCACACCCAGCAGUGAUGUCACAGUGUACUGACACCCUUGAGUACACUUCUACAUUCAGUCACAUCAGCUGGUGUUACUGUAAGUUGCUCUUUAAAUAGCUGCUCAAUCUGAGGCAGGGAGGCUGUUUUGAAUGAAGCCAUUAUGCCAAAUUUGGCUGUAUUUGCCUUAACAGUAAACUCCUGGAUGUCAAGAAGAAUUCUGAUUUAAAGUUGAUAACUUAGCUCAAGUGCCUUGGUAUACAAAUUCAAAAAUGUUGCUGCUACUGAAUGUUUGAUCAUGUUGGAUGGUUAAAAGCAUUGUUGGGUCACAUGUGGCAGUUGUUUUACUCGCUAUGAGGCUCAUACAGUGUGUGGUCCACAUAUGAAACAACAUCUGUCUCCAUGACAACACAAUCAAACUUCUACGACGGCUUUCUUCGUCAUCCAAAGGGAAUGAUGCUGAAAUAAAUAUUCCUCUGUCAGAGUCAGAUUGUGUGGGCAGGGUCAAUGAAAUGUAUAAAUACUUCAAAGCAAUUGUAACAACUCAAUUUGGGCCAAAACCUAGAGAGGCCUUUAUUAUGAUACAUUCUUUACGGUAUAAAUGAUUUGUGCAUCACUGUCCCUUACCUAGAAACCAUAUCUUCAUGGCCUUAUGUGGAAUGUGAAAUUGCGGCAUCAACAAAAAUGCUUUUUUUCCUCUUGCAGUGUUGAUGUGUGAUGCAUUCAGUGUGUUAUAUGAUGACAUUACAUAAUGCAGGACUGAUUAUUUGGUGGACCAUGAUGUGCUCUAAGGUGCAUACAGGAAAACUGAUAUUUUCAUAGAGCUUGUACUUCAUGGAGAUGUAAGAGAUCAACUCAUGUUUUAAAUUUAAGGUAAAGCUUUUUAAUCAUUGGUUAAUGUUUUCAGUUUCUGCAUUGACAGUGUUGAGUGGAGCUUAACAAAGUGGCUUGCAGUUAUUAAUGACACAUUGCUCCUGUCUGAUCACAGUAAACCUCCACGUUACCAACUCAGUUGCCUGCUACAUCAAUGUAGUUUCUGUAACUCUGUUAGAUAAAAGAAUCUGGACGAAGCUUCCACAACACAACUGUGUCAGAAAACAUUUCCACAUCGUUACAGUUUUUAACCGCCCAUAGAUGACUAACACAAUUAAAAGUAUAGCAAAAGACUAUAAUGUAACUACUACUGUAUUGUUUACUUUAUUGUUGCUUUGUUUACAAUAGAUGCAUUUUUACAGUCACAGCUGAAACACUUUUACAGUUAAUUUGCAGCUAUCUUAUUCUGGGUUUGAGAUACAUAUCAGUAUUAUCCUUUUUGGUCAGUGUCACAGUUUUACUCUUUCCACACCUUUUGCUCAUUACACCUCAUCUUUCUUAUCACGUCUUUUCUUUGCACCUCCUCUUUCCCUUCCUUUGUUCUUUUUUUCCCCAAGUCUCUGUCAAUGAUGUCCCAUUGAUUUUCAUUUCUUAACCUCCAUUCCCAUUUUCACAACAAUUCAAGUUUUUAUUUGCUGCCCCAUCUGUCUUUUUCCUUUUCAUCCACCUUUCCUGAUCCUUAAGGUUUAGUUCUUCAUUGUGAACAAAAUAAAACACCCUAGUCACUGACAAUUUUUAAAAAGCAGUCAGUUGUACACUUUUGCAAAUGUUUGACAUUCUCCAAAUCUGAGGUUUAAAAAACAUGAAUAUGUGAGUGAUGAUAAUGGAUACUUAGGUUGAAUGUUAAAAUUAAACUACCAUUGAAACUAUACUUAUCUUCCAUGUCUGAGUUCUUGAAAAAUGAAUACUCCAGUGGAGGACUUUCACUAAAACUCUUGUCAAUUCCUGUCAUUUGUCAGCAGAUUUGAUAACAGACCAUUGAGUCCUACAUCCAGCUCUGGUAGUUCUUAGUUGCGGCAGGUUGAAAAAGUCAGGCUUUCCCAAAUAUUUUUCUGUUUGUACCUUUGAUGAAGUAACUAAUUUAAUAUUUUGUCUAUGAUAACCUUAUGCUCUAAACUAAAACUGUUCUUGCUCAAAAUAAAAAACAACUUUUUUCAAUAGUUUUUCAAUAGUCUGGAACCAUUUUCUUUAUUCUAGAGCUCUAAUAUGCCUUACUCUGUUUUACUAGAUACUGAGAUAAUUUCUUUAACAGGAAACCGUGUUGUGAA